UGUGUCUCCUCUUUUCCUCCUAUACUCCUAUAUAUAUAAAUCAGUUUAUAGCCAUCAGCAUAUUCAUUCAUAUUCACUUAUUCUCUUUAUUAUAGCACACUCACUUUCACAAAUAAGUAACAACAAAGCACAAAAAAAGAAAAGAGAACAAUUCUUUUUGUAUAUUCCAUUUUGUUCAAAUUUUAGUUCUUGAGGAUUUUAAGGUCUCGAUAAGCUAUUCAAGAUUAGAUUUUGAAACCGUAUGGGGUUAUCCUUUUCGUGCCAAUUUGUCUCUCAUAGUGAUUCGGAAACUGGCCUUGAUUCUGUAGUCGUGAAAUCUAUUGAUUUUGGACAUGAUGAGCGGAAGACACCAGUACGUUCAGUUAGCUUCACGAGCCAUGACACAGAACCAACUAUAUUGCAAUCGGAUGGCUCCGGGAGGAUGUCAAUAGAAAAAACCGUCAGUUUUAGGUCAACGGAAAGUGCAUUGGAGUUCAGGAAAACUUCAUUGGGAGAGAAGCACGAGUUUGGCGAGUUUCGUAGGUUGGGAAGCAUGAAUGGAGAGUCUCAAAAAUCUCCUUUACCAUAUACUAGCAGCCCCAAACAUGAGGCAGCGUUGAAGUUGCAGAAAGUGUACAAGAGCUUUAGGACUAGAAGAAAAUUAGCAGACUCUGCCGUACUUAUAGAGCAAAGUUGGUGGAAGUUAUUAGAUUUUGCUGAACUCAAGCAUAGUUCUAUUUCAUUUUUUGAUCUCGAUAAACAUGAGACAGCAGUUUCUCGCUGGUCGAGGGCAAGAACUAGAGCAGCCAAGGUUGGCAAGGGCUUAUCUAAGAAUGGCAAAGCCCAGAAACUAGCUUUACAGCACUGGCUUGAAGCUAUCGACCCACGACAUCGUUAUGGACACAACUUGCAUUUCUACUAUGUGCAAUGGUUGCAUUCUCAGAGCAAAGAGCCCUUCUUCUACUGGUUGGAUAUUGGAGAAGGAAAAGAAGUGAAUAUUGUUGAUAAGUGCCCUCGAUGGAAACUUCAGCAGCAAUGCAUUAAGUACCUUGGUCCAAUGGAAAGAAAGGCUUAUGAAGUUGAGGUGGAAGAUAGGAAGCUCUUCUACAAGGAAGAUGGGAAACUCCUUGACACGACUGAUGAACCAAAAGGCACUAAGUGGAUUUUCGUCCUCAGCACCUCAAAAACCUUAUACGUUGGCAAGAAAACUAAAGGCACUUUUCAGCACUCUAGUUUCUUGGCUGGAGGAGCCACAUUAGCUGCUGGGAGAAUAGUUGCAGAACAAGGAGUAUUGAAGGCUGUCUGGCCUCAUAGUGGACAUUAUCGACCUACACCAGAAAACUUCCAGGACUUCAUUUCAUUUAUGAUGGAGAACAAUGUCGACCUCAAUUAUGUUAAGCUUGAGUCUGAUGAAGAUGAAGAAAAAUCGGUUGGCAAGAAUAACCGUGUUUUCCUCAGAGGCGACUCUUCUGAGGACGACUUAUACAAAGAUGUUUUGGAGACAGAAGAGAAUGAUGUAGAAGAGUCAACUUCAGAGAAAAGAGACUUAAAAGUGCAAGAGCAGGCUGCCAAUAUACAACUUUCUGAUUCAAAACCAUCUCAUAGCUUCAGUAGUAAAUUGACUAAUCUUAAAAUUCCUCGCAAUGAUGAUUUCUUGGAGAAAUUAAAGAAUGAAAGUGAAGCUGCUAAAUCUAUUUCCAACUCAUUGGAAUCGCCAAAAGACGGAUAUGAAACAGCAAGAGAAAUGUUUCCUCUUGAAGAAGGUCAAAUGGAUUUAAAACAAAGCUCUUCCGUUGAAGAACUUGAUGAAAAUAAAGAAGAGAUAAUUCCAAACGAUACGAUCAUCCAAAGGAUAAAUUCACACAAGGAUCUUAAAUCGUAUCAGUUGGGAAAGCAACUGUCUUGCAGAUGGAGCACAGGAGCUGGACCUCGAAUCGGAUGCUUGAGGGAUUACCCAUCAAAGCUGCAAUCCCAUGCUUUAGAACAAGUGAGCUUGUCCCCAAGAAGUGCUUCCCGUCUCAAGAUGAGCUUCUCUUCGAGAGAAUCAACAGCAAUGAGCUGGACCCGAGUAAUGCAGCAUUCCUGUUCCCUCUCUCCUAUUGGCAACAAAGCUCUUUAUCUUGCGUCAGUAGCAAGUAUUCCUCCUCCAACACAUAAAGGACCCUAACUUUCAGUGACACAUGAACUAGGAUAAGUUUUUCAUUAGUCUGUUCUUUUACUGUGAAUAGACAAAAUGACAUAGGGAUUCUUUCCUUAUUCUUUCAUAAGAAUUUUUCCAUAGCUUUUUUUUCCCCUAUUCAACUGUACACAAAUUUUGUUCAUCCUAGUGGUAGAUUGCAAUAUGCAAGUUGUAAAAUUUUUGAGUUCCAAUA